AUGUUGGGGAAUGCGGGGUUUGUCAUGAAGGUGUAUGUGGGUGCUGCUGGUUGCGUGGGUGCUUGGGGGGCGGGCUGGGCAGGGGUGGUCCUGGAUCGGGCUGCUGCCCGGUCUGCACUGGCUGUCCUCGACCUAACUGUGUGCUCUGAGGCUGCUCUCUCUGCGUGCUUCUCGACUGGCCCCUCUCUACCGUAUGUUCCCUCUGCUGUGCCUGCCCUGGUGCUCUCUGUGGUGCACUCCCGCUCGCGUGCACUGCUGGCCUUUCGUACUGUGGGGGGUGUUGGGGUGCCAUGCGGAGAGCAUAGUGCUGCUGCCAAGGUGCCUGUAAAGCUGUCAGAGAUCGUCGCUGGUGCCGGUUGUGCUGCUACUCCGGCUGCUCCCGAUGGCGUAGCUGUGUUUGCUGCCCCUGGUGUUGCUGCUACUGGUGCUGGCGCUGGCUGUGUAGUGGCACUGGUUGAAGCUAUUGCUGCCGUUGGUCCUGUUGCUCCUUGCGCUUUUGUUGCAAUGGCUGCUGGUCCUGUUGUCGUCACAGUAACUGUUGCCGGUGCAACUGUUGUUGCCAUUUCGGUCACCCCCCCGGCUUGUCUCUCGCCUCCUCCCAGUCCCUCUGCUGAUGUUGCUGCUGCUGGAGUAGCCACUGUCCCCCCUACGGUCUUCCCUGCCUGA